CAUCGCCCAGCCCAGUUGAGCAUCCCGCUCUCUGAUAGGCCGGGCAGGCUGGGCCAAUGAGAGGCCCUGGCGUUGGGGGGCCGGGUCCCCCACGUGUUGUGGGGAGAGAGCCGCGGAGCGCCGGGAGCUGCCGGCAUGUUGCGCCGCGAGGCCCGGCAGCGCCGGGAGUAUCUGCACCGGCGGGCGCAGGAGGAUCGGAUCCGCGCCAGCGAGGGCAAGAAGCAGCGACUCAAGCAGGCGCUGGAGGAGAAUCGGCUGCUGCCCACGGAGCUGCGCCGGGAGGCUCUGGCGCUGCAGAAGUCCAUCGAGUUUGAUGACCAGGGAGCAGAAGGGCUGGUGACGCAGCAGGACGAUGAGUAUCGCUGGGCGGGCGUGGAGGACCCCAAGGUGAUGAUCACGACCUCGCGCGACCCCAGCUCCCGCCUCAAGAUGUUUGCCAAGGAGAUGAAGCUGGUGGUGCCGGGCGCCCAGCGCAUGAACCGGGGGCGACACGAGGUGGGGGCCCUGCUCCGGGCCUGCAAGGCCAAUGGCGUCACGGACCUGCUGGUGCUGCAUGAGCACCGAGGGCAGCCGGACGGGCUGAUCGUCUCCCACCUGCCCUUCGGCCCCACGGCGUUCUUCACCCUCUGCAACGUGGUGAUGCGUCACGAGGUCCCCGACAUCGGCACCAUGUCCGAGGCCAACCCCCACCUGAUCUUCCACAACUUCACCUCCCGCCUGGGCCAGAGGGUCUGCAGCAUCCUCAAGUACCUCUUCCCAGUGCCCAAGGAGGACAGCAAGCCGGUCAUCACCUUCGCCAACCAGGACGAUUACAUCUCCUUCAGGCACCACGUUUAUAAGAAGACGGACCAUCGCAACAUCGAGCUGUCUGAGGUGGGGCCGCGCUUCGAGAUGAAACUGGCCAAUUCCAGGUGCCCCAGAGGGAAUGAACAGACCAGGGAGUCAUCAAGUGAUCCAUCCCCUGCGCCCAUUCCCAGCUUCGGGCAAACAGAGGCUCAGGACCCCAUCCCUGCCCAGCCUGGCUAAUAGCCAUUGACGGAUCUAUCCUCCAGGAGCUUAUCUAGUUUUUUUUUUCGCCUUGUUGUGGUCUUGGCCUUCACAGCAUCCUCUGGCAAGGAGUUCCACAGGUUGACUGUGCGUUGUAUGAAGAAAUACUUCCUUUUGUUUGUUUUAAAUCUGCUGUCUAUUCAUUUCAUUGAGUGACCCUUAAUUCUUGUGUUAUGAGGAGUAAAUAACACUUCCUGAUUUACUUUCCCCACACCACCCAUGAUUCUACAGACCUCUGUCAUCUCCCCCCUUAGUCGUCUCUUUCCCAAGCUGAAAAGUCCCAGUCUCAUUAAUCUCUCCUCAUAUGGCAGCCGUUCCAAACCCCUAAUAAUUUUUGUUGCCCUUUGCUGAACCCUUUCUCAUUUCUAUAUAUCUUGUUUGAGAUGGGGGCAGCCACAUCUGCACGCAGUGUUCAAGGUGGGGGCGUCCCAUGGAUGUACAUAGAGGCGAUAGGAUAUUUUCUGUCUUAUUCUCUCUCCCUUUCUUGAUGGUUCCCACCACUCUGUUCGCUUUUUUGACGCCGCGGCACACUGAGUGGAUGUUUGCAGAGAGCUCUCCACGACGACCCCAAGAUCUUUGAGUGGGAACAGCUAAUUCAGAUCCCAUCAUUGUGUACGUAUGGUCGGGAUUUUGUUUUCCGAUGGGCAUCACUUGGCAUUUAUCAACACUGAAUUUCAUCUGCCAUGUCGUUGCCCCGUCACCCAGUGUUGAGGGAUCCCUUUAUAGCUCUUCGCCGUCUGCCUGGGACUUAACUAUCCGGAGUAGUUUUGUAUCAUCUGCCAACUUUGCCACCUCGCUGUUCACCCCUUUUUCCAGAUCAUUGAUGAAUACAGUGAAUAGGCCUGGGCCCAGUACAGACCCCUGGGGGACGCCGCUAUUUACCGCUCUCCAGUCUGAAAACUGACCAUUGAUUCCUACCCUUUGUUUCCUAUCUCUUAACCAGUUACUGAUCCAUGAGGGGACCUUCCCUCUUACCCCGUGGCAGCUCACUUUGCUUAGGAGCCUUUGGUGAGGGACCUUGUCAAAGGCUUUCUGAAAGUCCAAGGACACCAUAUCCACUGGAUCCCCCUUGUCCACAUGCUUGUCGACCCCCUCAGAGAAUUCUAGUAGAUUGGUGAGGCGUGAUUUCCCUUUACAAAAACCACGUUGACUCUUCCCCAACAAAUCAUGUUCAUCUCUGUGUCUGACAAUAUUGUUCUUUACGAUCGUUUCAACCCGUUUGCCCGGUACUGAUGUCACGCUUACCAGCCUGGAACUGCCGGGGUCACCUCUGGAGCCCUUUUUAAAAACCAGGCACCUGGUGCAGACGCUGAUUUAAAUGACGGGUUCCAUGCCCUAGUUAGCAGUCCUGCAAUUUCACAUUUGAGUCCUUCAGAACUCUUGGGGGAUCCCAUCUGGUCCUGGUGACUUAUUGCUGUUUAAUUUAUCAAUUUGUUCCGAAACCGCCUCUAAUGACACCUCAGUCUGGGACGGUUCCUCAGAUUUGUCACCUAAAAAGACUCCGGUGUGGGAAUCUCCCUCGCAUCCUGAGCCGUGAAGACGGAUGCAAAGAAUUCAUUUCGUUUCUCCGCAAUGGCCUUAUCGCCCUUGAGUGCUCCUUUAGCGUCCAGUGGCCCCACUGCUUAUUUAGCAGCUUCCUGCUUCUGAUGUAUUUAAAAAACAUUUUCUGUUACUUCCACAAGUACUCCUUUUCUUUUGGCUGGCUGUUCUUCAAAUUCUUUUUUGGCCUCCUAAUUAUAUUCUUACACUUCAUUUGCCAGAGUUUAGGCUCCUUUCUAUUUUCCUCACUAGGAUUUAACUUCCACUUUGUAAAGGAUGCCUUUUUGCCUCUCGCUGUUUUUUAUUUUGUUGAUUCGCCACGGUGGCUCUUUUUUGGUUCUCUCACGAUGCUUUUUUAAUUUGGGGGAUACCUUUAAGUUGAGCCUCCAUUACGGCAUCUGUAGAAUGGUUCCAUGCAGCUUGCAGGGAUUUCACUGUUGGCGCUGCGCCUUUCCGUUUGUGUCACUAACCUCCUCGUUUUUGUCUCGUUCCCUUUUCUGAAAUUAAAGGCUGCAGUGUUGGACCGUUCUGGUGUUUUCCCCGCCACAGGGAUGUUAAAUGUAAUUCUGUUAUGGUCACUGUUACCAAGCCCUCCAGCUCUUGGACCAGAUCCUGUACUCCACUUAGGACUAAAUCAAGACUCUCCCCCCUGGUGGGUUCUGGGACCAGCGGCUCCAAGAAGGAGUCGUUUAAGGUGUCAAGAAACUUGGUCUCUGCAUCCCGUCCUGCGGCGCUAGGCCUCCAGUCAAUAUGGGCCUAGUUGAAAUCCCCCGUUAUUAGUGAGGUUUUUAUUUUUAUACCCUCUCUAAUCUCCCUGCGUAUUUCACAGUCACUAUCACCAUCCUGGCCAGGUGGUUGGUAGUAAAUCCCAACGGCUCUAUUCUUCUUAGUAAUUCCUUGCUCGAAUAACAUCCAGAGAGAUUCCACGGUACCGUUUGCUUCAUUUAAGAUUGUUACUUCAUUUGACUCUACUCUUUUCUUUCACAUCUGGUGCCACUUCCCCACCAGCCCGACCGGUUCUCUGCUUCCGCUACGUUUUCUCCCCUGGUAUUACUGUGUCCCCUCGAUUCUCCUCAUUCCACCAAGUUUCUGUGAUCCCUGUUAUAUCAAUAGCCUCAUUUAAGACUAGGCACUCAAGCCCAGACCCCUCUCCCUGUCCCAGAGCCCCAGCAGGGUCCUGUUGUCGAUUGUCUCUACCCCCCACUCCCCCCGGGCUAGGCAGAAUCCAGGGGAAACUGAGGCAGAUGGUGGGCUUCAUCAGACAAUUCCGGAAAAUUUGUCCCACCCUGCCCCUCGCACCCUGAGUGACUGGGGAGAGGGUUCCCCAGCUUUGCCUGUCUUUCAGCAGCGGGUGCUUCCUGCCUCCUGGGGGCACCCCGCUGACCCUGACCCCCCCCUCGUUCCAGCGUACAUGAUCAAGCUGGGCACGCUGGAGCAGGCAGCCACGGCCGACGUGGAGUGGCGCUGGCACCCUUACACCAACACGGCCCGGAAGCGGCGGUUCCUGAGCGCUGACUGAGGAGCGCCCCGGGGGCGGGCCUGGCCCAGAGCGUCCCCCCUGCUGGAGCUCGCCCGGCGCCGGCUGGGAAUUUCACCCGGAGCGGUUUUCUCUGCCCUGGGCAGUGGGCGUCGGAGUGCAAAGGAGGAGCUCCGACUUGGGAGCGUGUCCCCGGCCCUGAGGGAUGCCCCUGGCUCCGGCUGUGGGUUCAGGCCCUGGGGGCAUCGCCCUGCGGUGGACGGGGAAGCACCAGCAGAGCUGCUGUUUUCACACUUUUAUUUUUGUAGGGUCUGCUCUAAUACAUAGCUUGGUUCGACCCUG